AUGCAUAGUAAAUUUUGGACCCCUGAAGCUUUUGCUAAUUGGCAGGCUGGAUUUUCUUAUGCAGUUACUGAUUUAAACCACCUCGAACAAUAUUUGGAUGAUUUUUCAGAGCUCACUGACUACAUUAUCGAAAAUCAUGGAUUACCUCCAACUUGCGAAGUGAAAACAGAGAAAUUUUUCGAAUUACUGAUAUCGGUUACAGGCGCUCUUGUCAAAAAUCACCUCAAAUCAAACACUCUUCAGCCAAUAUUUCUCAGAUUUGUUGAUAUCGUGUUUGAUAUAUUCCAAAUUGCAUUAGAUUUUCCAACAUAUGCUAUUGAAUUUUUAUCAUACUACAUUUUUAAUAUUCGUCAGCCUAUUUACAGUAAUAAUGAAGAAUUUUUCACAAAAAUCUGUCAGCAUUACGAAUCAUCGAAAUCCUAUCUCUACUUGAUGAAUGAAUUAGCCUCAGAGUACCCAUUUCCUCAGGCUUUCCUUCGUUCGGCGAUUUUUUACUUUUAUAUCCCUGCCGCUCAAGUAGGAACUCCAGAAGACAAGCUGGAGCAGAUAUUCGACCGUAUAAUACACCACUUAAAUAUUCUUCAGUUGCAUAAGAACAGAAAUUCUUCUCCAGAAUAUCUCGCUGAUUUCAUCACAAAUACGAUCAAUGGCCUCAACGACAUCAACGCUCUUACUCAGGACAAAGUCAACAAGGUCAUGGAGUUGAUUUCUGAUCAAAUUAAGUGCGAAUUUUUCGAUAAACAACAUCAUGCGCUCAAACUUCUCUGCAACAACUGCAGAGUACCAUUCUCAAGCAAAUAUGUCAUCAGCUGGCUCCAAACAUCCGGAUUUGCCGACUACAUGUUCAAAAACGACAUAAAACAAGCAUUUCUUCCUAUUUACGCCGAAUUAUUCAAAGUAUUCGCAAGCAACGACAUGAUUACAGUCGAUAACUUCAAGUCUAUACUCUCACAGCAGUCAAUUCACCAGUCUUCCGCUGAUACCCAGUUUUACCACUUAAUUACAGAGAUUUUCACCACUCUGAAGGCAGAACUGGUGCCAGACUGCAUGUCCCUGGUCCUCGACCUCCCCGAAAAGAACGACGCGUGGGUCAACUCCAUCAAAAUCAUAUGCAAAAAUUUGGCCGGCAAAGAAAACAUGUCACCUGUGAUUGACAGUGCCAGAAAGAGGGUGGCCGAGCUCUCCCAGUCAGAUUCCGAGCUCAAGCAGCAGUAUUCUGAGCUUUCCGAGUUCUUAAGCUGCAUCGGACUGAAUCAGUCUGAAAUUUUGGCGAAACUGGACGAGAUUUCUAAGCUUUCAAUGCUUACGAAGCAGGAAGUGUCCAUCCUGUCCUCUCUCUUGUCCUCCAGAUACUUCCAAAACGAAGAAUUAGCGAAUCGCCUCAUGAAUGUGAUAAUGAGGACCAUAAUGAACGACCCUCAGCUGGCCCAGCACUGCGCUGGAAUGAUAUACAGCCUCGCCGCGUACAACAGAGCGACUCUUCUCAUAGAAGACGCAAAAAUGCUGCUGUUAAACGCGAUGAACUCUCAGCAACUGAUCAAUUUCAUACUGGCUCUGAUGGAAAAGAACAUUAUCACGCACGAAACAAUGCUGGAACUGAUAGAUUCGUACCCAGAUAACAAAAUCAACUCAAAAUUCUACCAGUUCAUAAAGAAAGCGUUCUUUUCGCCAAACUACGCUCACUCUAAUCAGAGUUCGUUCGACAAACUGAUGGAUUUGCCUUUCCCGAACGAAGAUCUGCUCUGGAGCCUUUCUCUGAGGACUUCCUCGAUGCAGGAGAGGUUCCAGAGGCUUAUCUCCAGGAUCUACUGUAGAAAUGACGAAGAAAUUCUUUCCGAUGAAGUAAUGAUCGAAACAUUCAUAAACAAAUGGAACCAAAUCCUCAACUCACUGACAGACUACGCCAAGAAGAACUCGGCGAUCAAGGUUCUUGUGACUUUCAUAAAGAUUUGCGAAAGAGACGUAAUUCCUGAGUCGUAUGGCUUCGAAAGGCACAGAGACGUGCGUAAGUCAGAGACAGUAGAGAUCAACGCGUCCUAUCAAGAGGACGAAAUCGAGACAUUUGUCGUAGAUAGGCAGAUUUCGGUUCCAGCGCUCACCCGGCUCAUUGCGGAGAAGUUCGAAGUAGUUUAUACAGAGUGCGGAUUGGAGUACAAUGAAUUCCCUCUGGAGAACGAAAAGAACUUGAAAAUGUUCGAUGACGAAGAUUCUGUUGAUGUAAAGCUAACAAUCGGCAAAUGUCCGGCCAUACUUGACCGCACAGUCAUUCCCUCCCUCAAGCUGAUCCAAAUGAAGAUGCACGACAAACUUAUGCUGAUGAUGGACGAAUUCCCAAGCGCUGUUGAAGUUUGCGACCUCCUGCCAACAUACAGGACAGUGUCCAACGUCAUACAGCGAUUUGCGAAGACAAAGCUCGAAGUCCUCUUCCCGAGGGACAAACCAAAACAGUUUAAAUACAACUUUGACACUUUUUGUCGUGAUUUCGAAGAAUCCGACCUCGAGAAGUUCAAAGACAUCGGCCUCCUCCAGUACUUCCUCGCUGUCGGCCUCGACUCACCCGACGCGAACCUCGUUGAGAACAUUCUCAGCUGGAUGAAGUCGAUAAACAGAAUUUCAGACGAACAGUUUUUAUUCGACCAAAUUGUCAAAAUUUUAGAGAAGUUUACAAAUAACUCUGACAACCAGCAGUUGUUCAUCAACGCCUUCGAUGUUGUGCACGGCCUGAGCGAUCCAAGGUCAUUGAAAUUCGACGAGUUUUUAAUGAGGAAACUGAUUCUUAAGUUUUUGAACGGAAAUGACGACAAAACAGCUGAAUCAUCUGUUGUUUUCUUCGAGAAACUCAACAUCCCAUCCAAGAUCUACGCAGAGCUAAGCGAGGAAAUAAGGGCAGACAACUUCUUCGCUUCGUGGGCAAAUCACAUCACUUCUAGAGAUGAAAAAGCGAUUUCUAUCGUCAUGGAAAAUCUAACAACUGAUUUAAUUUCAUGGGGCAUUUUGGAGCUUAUUGACGCCCUUCUCGAAGUGUACGCAUUUGAGGAGAAUGAAGAGAUUUUAAUAACGGAAUUCAUCUGCGAGAACUACCUGGAGACAAACAGCGAGGCAAAGGACGAAAAACAGUUUGAGUCAGCUCUAAACGCAGCAAAACAUCUAAAAGGUGACAGACUUAUUCGGUCACUUCACUCAUUAUGUUCUACCUGUUACUUCAACCAGUGGGACAUCGACGGAGACAAAAUCGUUCUUCAGAAAUCUGGCGGUUAUGUCGGUUUAGAAAAUUUAGGAGUUACUUGUUUUGUUGACAGUGUUCUCCAGCAGCUGUUCAGAAUCACUGAGAUGAGGCAGGCUGUUUUCGACUACAAGGGAAAGGACAAAUUCUUGGAGCACUUGAGAAAACUCUUCUGUCUAAUGAUGCUGUCUAAUAGAACAUCUGUUUCCACUCAAUCCCUUUUGGACAACUGGUCGAGUGACGGAUCAGACGAAUUCGACACAACAAUACAGCAGGAUGCCUGCGAGUUCUUGCAGUUGUUAUUAGACAAAUUGGAAAGAAUUCUCGGUAAAGAUAAAUUGUCACUUUUCUAUGGCAAAUUUAUCAACAGAAUUGAGAGUUUGGAUGGCAAGCACAAGAGUGAGAGUUUCGACACGUUCAUUGCUCUUCCUGUUGUUGUCCUUCACUCGAGAAGUCUCGAUGAGUCACUCAAAAAGAUUUCGACACCGGAUUUCCUCACUGGAGAGAACGCGUACAAAUUUGAGGGAUCAGAUACAAAAACUGACGCAAAGAAGUACUGCGAGGUCUACACAGCGCCAAAGAACUUGAUCAUCCAGCUCAAAAGGUUCGAGUGGAACAUAGAAACUUGGUUACGUUAUAAAGUGAAGUCACCUCUAUCGUUCCCAGCGGUUUUGACACUGGCAGGCAAGACAUAUGAACUGAGCGGCGUCAUUAUGCAUUCCGGCACCACCGACUACGGCCAUUACGUUUCUUACUGCAGGGAGAAAGACGGAACGUGGCAGUGCUUCAACGACGAUGUUGUGAGCGAAGUUUCUCUUGAUUAUGUCCUGAGAGUUGGCAGCGGAGAGAAGUCUACUUGGUCUGCCUUCAUUCUGUUCUACGACUCAGAGAAGCCGCAGGAAGUCACUGUUCCAAAGGAUCUCUUGGAUUUCGUGAGGAACGACAACAAGAAGAAACUGCACACGAGGCUGACAUUUUCCACUGCAACGACGGACAUGAUGUACUACUUCGCGUCAUCGAAAGACGACAAACUGUUCCAGGAAGCAGCCCUGUUCUCGUUCUGUUUCGCGCCAUUCACUGUGGAUGGAAAGAACGGAAUCAAACUCCUCACGAAAGUCAACAAAACAUUGCAGGAUAGACCCGAAGUUUGUAAGUAUUUGGCCGACCAACUAGAAAACAGUCAACUCUGCAACCUCUUUGUUUACUGCCCGACAAACGGAGUGAGAGUUGCCGCCUGCGCUGUCAUGAAGACGCUCAUCUCUGUCGUUGGUCUCAAGCCUCUAAAAACACUCGCAGUUUCUAGCAAGGACUUGCACGUCCACCCUGAAAAGGCAGCUCCAAUAAUGGACGCCUAUAUUUUCGCUUCAAAAAUUGACAGUUGUUCUCAAUAUUUGAAAGAAACCGUUUUGCCAUUUUUACAGAAAGUUGUUCUUAAGUUUGUUGACGACAAACUCGCAAGGGCUUAUCCGAUGGAUUCUUUGUUUGAAGCAAUAGAAGUUCUUGGACCAACAAAUGACUUUAUUUCUGAAUUUUGCAGAUCAAAAGCAAUGGAAAAGUUCUUCUUGAAGACGAAUUUGGAUAAGAUAGCUGCUGUGAUUAAACAUGGUGAUGACAAUUGCUUCAAUCUGUUGACGGAAUCGGCUUCAAAAUACCAGAAUCCAAAAUGGAAAGCUUUAUUAGAAAAAGUUAGAGAUUAA